AUGACUUCCGCGAACAUGUCCCGAAAGGAACAGCUCUCAAACAGGAAAUCGACCACAGAGGCGAAUGUUGACUUACCGCUGAUUGCGGCCGCUGCUAAUUCACCCUCAACGACGCUAAAGAAGGGCUCUUCGGUGCCGGAGUUGCCGACAUCUCUUGAUGAAGACGAGGAGGAGGACUCUCCACAGCCGCUGCCGAACACGCCGUUUUUCUCGAUGAAGAACCUGAUCGUUGCGAUUCCCAUUAUUCUCACACCGUUGCUCUAUGGUUACAACCUCGGAUUUGUUGGCCCGUACUCCACGAUGUACGGAUAUGCCUCCAACUGCCAGCUGUACAACGCUAAAAGGUCGUGCGAGACGCUGACAGCGGCGAAGUGCCGGUGGUUCAACGCGUCGGCUUAUGUGAGCAAUACAACUUACGGCGAGGUGUGCGGGUGGGCGGACCGGACGACGUGCUUCCUGAGGUACAGCGAUGAGGCGGGGUGCUUGUCGGACUCUGCAUGCAAGUGGAGCUACUCUGCCAACACCUGCGGCAAUCAGGUGGGCUACUCCUCGAUUGAGAGCGGCGUUUUCGCUGGGUCGCUGGUGAUCGGAUCCACAAUGGGGGCGCUGAUGGGCGGGUACCUGACAAAGCGUCUGGACUACUGCAAGAGCUUCAUGUGCAUUGGGAUCCUUAGCGUGAUCGGUAAUGUUCUGACGCACGUGGCAACGGGGCUGUUCCACUACUGGUUGUUGUUCGUUGCGCGUAUUGUGCUUGGCUUUCCCCUGGGUUGGCAGUCCAUCACGUCCUCGCACUACACGGACAAGUUUGCUCCUGCAAAUCAUGCCAAGACGCUCGGCACGCUGUUUCAGGUUUCCGUCUCGACCGGCAUUUUUGUCACGUCGUUCUUCGGUCUGGUUCUUGGCAACACGAUCCAGUACGAUGAGGCCAGCAAUGCCAACACCAUGGGCCGCAUGCAAGGCCUCGUCUCUGUUUCCACGCUCCUCUCUAUUUUCGUAGUUUUCCUGCCACUCAUCACCAAGGACGGUUACAGCAAGAGCAGGAGGGGCGACUACGAGGAGGAAAACAGUGAAGAUGCUUCCAGGAAGGCGGCAGAGGAGUACACCAUGACGCAGAUGAUUGGGCCCAUCCUGAACGGUGUGGCCAUGGGGUGUGUGACGCAGCUGACCGGCAUCAACGCCAAUAUGAACUUUGCCCCGACCAUCAUGUCGAACCUUGGGCUGCAACCUCUGGUUGGCAACAUUAUCGUCAUGACAUGGAACAUGCUCGCAACGUUCUGCGUGAUCCCGCUAUCGAGGAGGUUCUCGAUGCGGACGCUGUUCCUCUUCUGUGGCUUUGUCGGCUCUCUGUGCUGCGUCUUCCUUGGUGGCAUCCCGGUGUACCCAGGCGUGACAAAGUCGGACAAGGCCGUAAGCGGCAUUGCCAUUACUGGGAUUGCCAUCUUUAUUGCCCUUUACGAGAUGGGUGUGGGCCCGUGCUUCUACGUUUUGGCGGUGGACGUGUUCCCCGAGUCUUUCCGGCCGAUCGGCUCGUCGAUCACGGUGGGUGUGAUGUUUAUUUUCAACCUCGUCAUCAACAUUUGCUACCCGAUUGCGACGGAGAGCAUCUCUGGCGGUCCGUCGGGGAACCCGAACAAGGGCCAGGCCGUUGCGUUCAUCUUCUUUGGCUGCAUUGGCGUCGUGGCCUGUGUCGUCGAGUACUUCUUUCUGCAACCAUGGGAGGAGCCAGGGGCUAAGAUGACGGAUGAUCUUGAUGGAGCGGCAGUACCGGAGGGGAAGCACGACUGA